UUUCAGUACGACUAUUUCUUUGAGAAUGGCCCCCUGCCCGAUCUGGCGGACGUCACUGGCAAUACUCCCAUUGCGUCGACCUCCAGUUCGGCUUCGGGCGCACUACACACCCAAGAGGACCAGACCAACAUGUUGCUGCACAAUGUUUCGAAAAUCGAGCGCCUUGCCGAGCGUGAGGCGUCAUCUGCAACACGCACAUCCCGUUUCAUUCCACAGCUGCGGCGGCGUACGCACAGUAAGCGAGGUGCUGUCAGCUCGGAUACUUACUCUGGCGAAAGUGUGUUGGUAAGCGAAAGUCAAAGCUUGAAUCAGAGUCAUAAUGCGACUAUGAGUUUAAGUAACAAAAAUAAAAACAAACACAAACGCAAAUCAUUGCAAUCAUCCAUAAACCUCAACCAAACCAUUACCAAACUCAUUUCUGCACCACACAACAUGCACAAUGCCCUACUCAAGUAUAAUGCUACUAGCACCAAUUCCACCACCAACAACAAAACCAUCACACAAUCCACACCCAAUAUUUGUGUGGCAGCAGCCACACCGGCUUCCAAGCCGCUCAAGCAAUGUGCUUCGGCGAAUCGCCAGCAGCAGCAGCCGCCGCAACAGCAGCAAAUGCAAAAGCAGCAGCUGCAGCAGCGGCGUCGCAAAGCCGUGCCCACUAUUUAUGAUUUUGGGCUAACAUUGCGUGUACAAUUUCAGUCACUGGAUUCCACCAAAUCUGCUACGACAGCGAUGACCACAAGUAGCAGUUCAACAAAUGCUACUACAGCGUCGUCAAGCAGCAGCAGCGUCAUUACCUCCACUCAAAAGACGAAAAAGGAGCGUAGCUUCCUUAUCAAUCACGGCAGUGGCGGUUUUGUGCGUUUGCACCAUAGAAAAGCCAGUCUGGAUGAGAAGGACUCAGGCAGCUGUAGUGGUUCGGGUAGUGGCAGCGGAGGCAGCAUGAGCAAGGAACAACAACGCAGCAGUGUCGAUAUAUCCGUGCUGCUGACAGAUGAUGAGUCGAGCAACAGUCGAAGCGACACG